CCCACCACAUUUGCAACCUUCAAAGCUGAGCAAUUUUUUUAUUAUUUCAGAAAAGCACCUAUUUUUGUGGCUUAGAAAAUUAUUAAUAACAAGCAUAAUAUUAAGUACUAUGUUUUAAUUUUAUAUCUACCCGGACAAUCCGACCGUAAAAAAUAGAAAAUAAAAAUAAAAAAGCAGCUUUUUUUUUCCCGCGUUGUUCUUAUAUAAGGCUUUAAGUCACCGUGACUCAUUCAAUUUGUCCUGAUUUGAGACAAAAACAGACCUUCAUUUCUGUGGGAUUUUGCAGGUUAAUUUUGCAAUGGAAAAGGCAGUCUUGCUUCACCUGAUUUGUGGGGUUCUAGCUGUUCUGGGGGUUUAUGUGGUGAAAGCAGACGACCCAUAUAGAUACUACACUUGGACUGUCACUUAUGGGACUCUCUCUCCUCUUGGUGUUCCUCAACAGGUAAUCCUCAUUAAUGGUCAGUUUCCUGGUCCUAGACUUGAUGUGGUGACCAAUGACAACAUAAUCCUCAAUCUCAUUAACAAGCUCGACCAACCUUUUCUCUUAACAUGGAAUGGGAUUAAACAGAGGAAGAACUCAUGGCAGGAUGGAGUAUUGGGAACCAAUUGCCCCAUCCCUCCAAACUCAAACUACACCUACAAGUUCCAAACUAAGGAUCAGAUUGGCUCCUACACAUAUUUCCCAUCAACUCAAUUGCACAGAGCUGCUGGAGGAUAUGGAGGGCUCAACAUCUAUGAGAGACCUCGUAUCCCAAUUCCCUUUCCCAACCCUGAUGGAGAUUUCACUUUACUCAUUGGUGAUUGGUACAAAAGCAACCACAAGGCACUUCAACAAUCUUUAGACUCAGGAAAAUCUCUUCCCUUUCCUGAGGGAGUACUCAUAAAUGGUCAGGCUACAACUACAUUCAAUGGUGAUCAAGGAAAAACAUACAUGUUCAGGAUCUCAAAUGUGGGAUUGUCUACCUCUAUAAACUUCAGGAUUCAGGGGCAUUCAUUAAAGUUAGUUGAGGUUGAAGGGUCGCACACUCUUCAGAACACAUAUGACUCUCUUGAUGUACACGUUGGACAAUCUGUGGCUGUCUUAGUAACCUUAAACCAGCCUCCAAAGGACUACUAUAUUGUUGCUUCCACACGAUUUACUAGGCGUGUUCUCAAUGCAACUGCAGUGCUACAUUACAGCAACUCUCACACCCCAGUUAGUGGACCUUUGCCUGCCGGUCCUACUUUUGAAAUACAUUGGUCUGUGAAGCAAGCCAGAACAUACAGGUGGAAUUUGACAGCAAGUGCAGCAAGGCCAAACCCUCAAGGCUCAUUCCAUUAUGGGAAGAUAACGCCAACAAAAACAAUUGUAUUGGCAAACUCAGCAUCUUUAAUAAAUGGAAAGCAGCGCUAUGCUGUUAACGGGGUCUCCUACAUUAACCCCGAUACCCCUCUAAAGCUUGCUGAUCACUUUCAAAUCCCAGGAGUCUUCAGUGAAAAUUCCAUCCAAAACCUUCCCUCUGGUGGCCCCGCAUCCAUAUCUUCCUCUGUUAUGCCAGCGUCACUGCAUGAUUUUGUUGAAAUUGUUUUCCAAAACGAUGAAAGAACCAUCCAGUCUUGGCAUCUUGAUGGCUAUGAUUUCUGGGUUGUUGGUUAUGGCUUCGGAAAGUGGACACCACAAAGCAGAAGCAGAUACAAUUUAGUGGAUGCUCUUACUAGACAUACUGCUCAGGUGUAUCCAAACUCUUGGACAACAAUAUUGGUGGCAUUGGACAACCAAGGUAUGUGGAACUUGAGGUCUGCAAUUUGGGAAAGACAGUAUCUUGGACAACAAUUCUAUCUCAGGGUUUGGAAUCCGGUCCACAGCCUUGCAAAUGAAUACGACAUUCCUUCUAAUGUUCUACUUUGCGGCAAAGCUGUGGGGAAACACCCUUAGAGUCAUUAAUUAGUUGAAUUAUGGUUUCCAAGUCAUGAGAGCUUGACUAAAAAAGGGAAUGAAAAUUGAGAGGAAAAAAAAGAAGAAAAACAAAAGUGGUUAUUUUCUUUGCUUAGAAAAUUUAUCUUUGUUUGUAUACCUAAAAUUAUUUAGAUGAAAUCAGAGAACGCCUUUUGGCUUUUAGUA